GGCGGCAGGUGGCGCGGGAGGCCAAGGCGCGCACCAUGGGGCUCCCGGCUCUGCUGGCCACCGCGCUCUGCACCUUCGUGCUGCCGCUGCUGCUCUUCGUGGCGACGGUCAAGCUCUGGGACUUGUACUGCGUGAGCAGCCGGGACCGCAGCUGCGCCCUCCCUCUGCCCCCGGGGACCAUGGGUUUCCCCUUUUUUGGAGAAACUCUGCAGAUGGUGCUGCAGCGAAGGAAGUUCUUGCAGAUGAAACGCAAGAAAUACGGCUUCAUCUACAAGACGCAUCUGUUCGGGCGGCCCACGGUGCGGGUGAUGGGCGCCGACAACGUGCGGCGCAUCUUGCUCGGGGAGCAUCGGCUGGUAUCUGUGCACUGGCCGGCGUCUGUGCGCACCAUCCUGGGCUCCGGCUGCCUUUCCAGCCUGCACGACUCCUUGCACAAGCAGCGCAAGAAGGUGAUCAUGCGGGCCUUCAGCCGCGAGGCUCUCGAGUGCUACGUGCCCGUGAUUGCCGAGGAAGUGGGCAGCUGCCUGGAGCAGUGGCUGAGCUGCGGCGAGCGUGGCCUCCUGGUCUACCCCCAGGUGAAGCGCCUGAUGUUCCGCAUCGCCAUGCGCAUCUUGCUGGGUUGCGAGCCCGGCUUGGCGAGCGGCGGGGACGCCGAGCAAGAGCUGGUGGAGGCCUUCGAGGAAAUGAUCCGCAACCUCUUCUCCUUGCCCAUCGAUGUGCCCUUCAGCGGGUUGUACCGGGGCGUAAAAGCGCGGAACCUCAUCCACGCGCGCAUCGAGGAGAAUAUUCGCUCCAAGAUCUGCGGGCUCCGGGCGGCGGAUGCGGGCGGGACCCACAAAGACGUGCUGCAGCUGUUGAUCGAGCACUCGUGGCAGAAGGGAGAGAGGCUGGACAUGCAGGCACUAAAGCAAACUUCCACGGAACUCCUCUUUGGAGGGCAUGAUACCACAGCCAGCGCCGCUACCUCUCUGAUCACUUACCUGGGUCUCUACCCUGAGGUCCUUCAGAAAGUGCGAGAGGAGCUCAAGAGUAAGGGUUUACUUUAUAAGAGCAAUCAAGGCAACAAGUUGAAUAUGGAAAUUUUGGAACAGCUUAAAUACGUCGGGUGUGUUAUUAAAGAGACCCUUCGGCUGAAUCCCCCGGUUCCAGGAGGGUUUCGGGUUGCUCUUAAGACGUUUGAAUUAAAUGGAUACCAGAUCCCCAAGGGCUGGAAUGUUAUCUACAGCAUCUGUGAUACGCAUGAAGUGGCGGAUAUCUUUACCAACAAGGAGGACUUUAAUCCUGACCGAUUCCUGCUGCUCCACCCAGAAGCUGCCUCCAGGUUCAGCUUUAUUCCGUUCGGAGGAGGCUUGAGGAGCUGUGUAGGAAAAGAGUUCGCAAAAAUUCUCCUCAAAAUAUUUACGGUGGAACUGGCGAGGCAUUGUGACUGGCAGCUCCUGAAUGGACCCCCUACCAUGAAGACCAGUCCCACGAUGUGCCCUGUCAAUGAUCUCCCUGCCAGCUUCACCCCUUUCCAGGGAGAAAUCUGAGGGGUGAGAGUGCAGCGACCUCAGACUCACUUGAAGUGUACAUAGGAGUACAUAGUACCACAUUGAUUUUUAUUCUAUUUAAUUUCUAAAUGUAUAUGAUAGUAUUUAUGUGACUCUAGUAUGGUCCCACAGUCUUUAAAUAUAAUAAUAAAUUUGUAUUAUUUUCAAAUAAAGUACAAUCUGAAGGUG